AUGGACGCGGGGACCGGCCCCGGGAUUGGCACCGGCACCGGCACCGGCACCGGGAUCGGGAUCGGGAUAGGGAACGGGGCGGGAGGAGCCGCCGGGGCGCUGGGCGCUGCCGUGGCUGCGCUCUACACGGCCACGCUGCCGCCCGCCCUGCCCGGCGGGGAUGCGGGGGAGCUGAUCACAGCCGCAUAUGAGCUUGGAGUCGCCCACCCUCCCGGCUACCCCCUGUUCACGCUGCUAGCCAAAGUGGCCACGGGGCUUCCCGGCGGCUCCCCCGCCUUCCGAGUCAAUCUCCUCUGCGGCUUGGUGGGAGCAGCUGCUGCCUCUUUGCUUUUUUGCACGGUUUUCAGGCUUUCUGGCUCAUAUGCUGGAGGAAUCCUUGCUGCGGGGGUGUUUUCAUUUUCUCGUCUAACAUGGCAGUGGUCCAUCACGGCGGAGGUUUUCAGCUUAAACAAUCUGUUUGUGGGGCUGCUGAUGGCUCUCACUGCUCGUUUUGAGGAGGCAUCUACUGCAGAGGAGAGAUCAAAGAUCUCUAAAUUGGGUGCCUUUAGCUGUGGGCUCAGUCUGUGCAAUCAGCACACGAUAGUGCUUUAUGUUGCUUGUGUCGUGCCCUGGGUUCUCUCACGGCUUUUCAGGAAGAAGGAAUUGUCCCUAGGCCAUUUGCUGAAGUUGGGCUUAUGCUUCUUGGCUGGUUUGCUGCCUUAUCUCUAUCUGCCGGCUUCGUCCUACCUCAAUCGAGCCCGCUGGACAUGGGGAGACCAGACGACUUUUCAAGGAUUUUUGACCCACUUUCUGAGGGAAGAAUAUGGGACAUUCAAUCUGGCCAAGUCCGAGACAGGAUCCAGUAUGGGAGAGAUGCUGCUUUUCCAGCUGGCACAGAUGAAGUCAGAGCUCUCCCUUCCCGUCCUUGCCCUGGCACUCGUGGCCUGUGUGAGCGCAGCACUGCCGAAAAAGCAGCAGAAAUCACCUGUCAUCUGGCUGUUCAGUGGCAUGCUCUGCCUUUAUUCCCUUUUCUUCGCUUGGAGAGCGAAUUUGGAUGUUAGGAAGCCUCUGUUUCUGGGCGUGGUGGAGCGGUUCUGGCUGCAGAGCAGUGCUGUGGUGGCCGUGCUGGCAGGGCUGGGGCUGGCCACACUGGCCAGCCUUGGCAGGAGCACUGUGCUGGAGGGCACCUGGCUGCUGCCAUGCCUGGAGUGGCUUCCUGCUCUUGCCCUCGUUGCUUCUCAGCUUUGGGCAAAUUAUAGCACCUGUGACCAGAGCAACAACUACGUUGUUGAUAAGUUUGCAAGGAACGUGCUGUCCUCCAUGCCAACGGGGGCAGUGAUCCUGCUAAGAGGAGACUUGCCUGGGAAUGCUCUUCGUUACCUCCAUUAUUGUGAAGGGAUGAGACCAGAUAUCACCCUAGUGGACCAGGAGAUGAUGACUUACGAAUGGUAUUUACCCAAGCUGGCAAAGCAUUUACCUGGCGUUCAUUUUCCCGGGAACCGGUGGAAUCCCGUGGAAGGAGUAUUACCCGACGGGACGCUCGCCUUUAAUCUCCAUCGUUUCCUCAAAGUAAAUAAACAUAAGGAAGUGUUUGUCUGCAUAGGUCUUCAUGAAGGGGACUCGACCUGGAGAAGGAGCCACUCGCUCUGGCCCUGGGGUACCUGUGAAAAGUUGGUUCCUUCUGGAGCUGUGUUUGACCCAGGAGAGUGGAUUCGUCUCACAAGGAAUCUCUAUAACUGGACUGAAGACUAUGGCAGCUUCAGCCCCUCUUCCUGGGAAGCUGUUGCCAACGAGGAGAUGUGGCAAGCCAGGAUGAAAACAGCUUUCUUCAUCUUUGACCUUGCAGAAACAGCCAGUGUGACUGCAGAAACAAAAUCACAACUCUACACAUUUGCAUACACUUCGUACAAAGAAAUUGUCAACUCCCAUCCCCGUCACCCGGUGAACUGGCACAAAAACUACGCCAUCGCCUGCGAGAGGAUGCUGCGCCUCCGCCGCGGCCACGUGGAUCCUGAAACGCUGCUCCAGGAAACCGUGAAACAUUUCCUGCUCUACACCCAGAAGGCACAGGACGAUCCCCAGCGCCAGGACAUCCUGCAGGCUGUGCAGCACCUCAAGGAAGAGCUGCAGGGGCUGAGGAGAAGGAGAGCGGAGCUGAGGCGCGAAGCCGGGUAGCGCCAGGUCCUGCCGGAAUGGUGAAGUCGGGACUUGAAAAUCUGAGUUGGUCCUUGGCAGCGUGGGAGUGGUUGUAAAAAUGCAGAAAUGGCAGCAGAGAGGAGAUCAAGUGUGAUCCCCUCUGCAGGAACAUAGUGAUGUUCGAUUUCUGUUGCUAAAUGAACUUUGUUGGGGGUAGGGGAGAAGCUCACCACUAAAUAAAAUGUCGGGUUUCAGAAAAGAGUUUGCUUUUACAAGAAAGCUGUGAGCUUGUACUGUGAAUAUAUAUUUUUUUAUUAAUGCAUCGUCCAUUCUAGAUGCAAAAUGUAUGUAGCAUUUUAUUGUUCCCUCUGUUGCUGAGCCAAGAGGUUUCCU